AUGGAGGAAAUUAUUGAUGAUAAUAAAGUUAUUGAAAACGAUAACGAUUUGGAGCCUGAAUAUAAAUAUAAUUUCAUUAACAGACCAUGGGACGAUCGCUCAAUAAAGAGCAAAGUUUGUCUUGUAGCUUUAUUAAUUGCAAUAUUUACAGCUACUAUGGCCUGUGUGAUUAAUAACUUCGUAAUGCAUUAUCGAAGCUUCAAUUCUGCUACGAACUUAAACAGUGAAAUAAACUGCUUUAGAAUCAAAUUAAAUGAGUAUCCAUUUGUCGCAAGAAUACAUUCGUUAUCGUCGAAGAAAUUAAUAUGCGUCGGAGCGGUGGUUAGCCAGACUUCUGUCUUAGCAAGUGGAGUUUGCGUACAAAACGGUCCGAUUUUGGCCUACAUGGGAAGCAAUGCUAAUUCUCGCUGCAAGAAAGGUUUUCUUCUGGAAAUUAUAGAUUAUGUCAAACAUGAUGGCAUAGUAUCCAAGAGGCUAGUGCUAUUAUCGAGCCAGGAAAAUACGGCUGAAUGCGCAGUACCUAUUCGCAUUGGAUCGACUUUGGAUUGGAAAUCAAAGGUGCAGAUUAUUGGGAGGUCUUCAAACGUUGGUUGGACGUUAACCAGGCAGCUUGUCUCCCUAACUGAUAAAUAUUUUAAGAUACCGUACAAAAAUGUGAACAAGCAUAGGAUGUUUUGUACAAAACAUUUGGCUAGGUGUCCAGUAAAGGCCGGUGAUCUUUUGAUACAGAGGGGUUUCUUGUUUGGACUUGCGACGACUAGUGUUCAAAUCAAAAGAAAUACUAAAGCUUGUUUUGCCAAUCUAACAGCGGUAAGGGGAGAGCUGGAUGAUCUCAAUCUUGGGAUAAAUUUUGAGUCAGUUGCUAUAGCGAGAACUAAUCUUAGUAAAACAUAA